UGAGUGACGAAACAUCCUUUCCAUUAGGAAGACUUCCUGCAAGAAGACGAGAAUAUAAUUUCUCCUCAUCGUAGCCCUUACAUCACGCUUUCGCAGUUGCAAAAUGGAUCCUCGAUUGGUUACCGUCUUGAUAAUUACAUUUUGUUUUCUUAGAGUGGGAAUGUCGCUAAAAUGUAAUUCCUGUUCUGAAGUAGAUUGCGUGGAUAAAACAGAGGAGGAUUGCCCUGGAGUUGGAAUUACUAAAUACGGUUGUGCAUGCUGUUAUAUAUGCGCAAAGGGACUCGGUGAUAGAUGCGGUGGACCAUAUAAUAUUGCUGGUAUAUGCGGAAAAAAUCUAGAAUGUGUGAAAUCCUCUCCCCCAGAAGGAGAAGAUAGUGGUAUAUAUCUUAUCAAUUCAAGAGGAAUCUGUCAGAAAAAACCAGGAGCUUAAAAGCAAUUUAUUAAAGCUUUCAAUGUAUAAUCAGUAAAUGUAAAAAGAAGAAUUUGUGUAUGACUAAUUCUAAAACAAUCGUUAUCAAAUAUAUUGAAUUUAACGACAAUUUUAAUUAAUAUUUUAUCAGAUAAAUAAAAUUUUUUUUAUUGCA